GACUUUGCUCAAAUUUCUGGAAAACAGAAUAUUUGUAAACAUAAUGGGAGAAAAUAAUCUCCACCUAUAAGUGACCAAAACCACUGGAAGCCAGACGGUAACCCUCCACCUCUUGUGAAACACAUUGCCCAUGAUGCACUGCUGGUUGUCUGACAACACCCGGAGGGAAGGGGUGCAUGUUGGCUCUACCUUAAGUAGAGGUGGCAGGGGAUGCUGGGAAUUGUAGUUUAUUAAUGGUUUACGCAGCGUGUGUUUUGUUCCGCUGUUUGUUUUUAUUUAGACGUGGGUGCUCUGUGCUGGAUUCUGAACUAGACAGUUUGUGAUUUUUAUGUUAGAAAUUUAGCUUGACUUAAUAUCUGAAUGUAAUGAUUGUUUUCUAAUACAGGAGACAAAGAAUUUACUAAAAAAACAUGUUGAAACACAGUGGAAAUCACAUUGACCUCAAGUCCGGGAAGGUAUUAAAAACCCUCACUAAGAAGCAUGCCAGUGACCUGGUCCUUGUGAUUGGAACCGGGGUGAGCGCGGCGGUAGCCCCAGAUGUCCCUGCGCUCCGAUCAUGGCGGUGUUGCAUUGAAGCUAUAAUAGAUGCUGCAGAACAGUUUGAGGUAUUGCAUCCUGGGGACGUUGUGGAAUUCAGAAAAAGGACGCUGCGUGAGCAAGACUUACUGGUUGUCGCUCAUGAUCUGAUCCGGAAAAUGUCACCGAGAACCGGUGACAACAAACCCAGCUUUUUCCAAGACUGCUUAAUGGAAGUAUAUGAUAACCUAGAAAGCCAUAUCCAGAACCCCACCGUUCUCGAGUCCAUCAUUAGUCUAAUGGACAAAGGGGCGAUGGUGCUCACUACAAACUAUGAUAACCUGCUGGAGCUUUAUGGGCAGAAGAUGGGCAAACCCAUGGAAUCGUUGGAUCUGAAUGAUAAAGUGAAGGUUAUGCAGUGGGUACAAAGCCGUAUUAAGUAUGGCGUUUUGCAUAUCCACGGAUUGUACACGGAUCCCUGCGGCAUGAUUCUGGACCCAUGUGGAUAUAAAGAUGUUGCACAGGACUUUGAACUGAUUGAUGAGCUGCAGAGUUUGUACGGCAAAAAAUCUUUUGUUUUUCUCGGCUGUGGAGAGACGCUGCGGGAUCAGAUUUUCCAGGCUCUUUUCCUCUACACUGUACAGAAUAAAGUCAGUAUGGAACAUUACAUGCUGGUACAAAAGGAGAAUUCAGAAUCCUUCUAUAAGCUUCAGGCCGAUAUGCUGCUUAAUGGCAUCAAGCUAAUGUCCUAUGGAGAUUCGUUCACUAACUUUCCAUCAUACAUAAAAGGGCUGUCUGCACUCAUAUGCAAAGAGAAGACUGAAGAGCCAUUUGCUAACAUCCCACCUCCCCUCCCACCAAUUGCCCUCCAACUACCUCCCCUCCCACCAACUGCCCUCCAACUACCUCCCCUCCCACCAACUGCCCAAAAGAGGAAGCUUGUUGAAAACACCGGGACUGUGAAUACGGCUAAGUUGAAGGCCUGAGAUAAGAGAAACCGGACACUAAAUACUAAAUCGACACCGGAUACUAGAUCAAUAAAGGGCUUCCCAAUUCUUAAAUGCCUGUGUCCAACCAAAGUGCCAUUUUGUACCAAACUCAAUGGAUGUGACGACGAGUAGUUUAGAUUUUUUUGAGGACUGGAUGAGUAUUGGGAUAUGUUUAUGCUCUAUCUCUCUGUGGGAACAACAUGUAUCACUUUCAGAAACAAAUAUCCAUACACUGACAUUACAGGUUAAUGAGCAGAAAGAAAACUGAGCCUGUCUACCAUGGGAGGACAUUUAAACAGAUUUAUUUAUUUUCGUUUCCUAUGGCUGUACAACACCGUGACAUGCUUCUAUGGAAGGGGACCCCAACGGAAAUACAGCUUUCAGAAUCCAUUCUAACGGAUUGUAAGCAGCUUUUUAAAAUGGGACAAUGGUAACUUUUUCUGGGUCUUUUACAGAACACAUGACUGAAA